AUGUUUGCAGCAGAUAAUUUCUCACGUGGACGAAAAAGCUCGAGCCUUGCCACCUUAAACCGGGGACCCACGAUCACAAAAAACUCAACAAAUACGGGUUACGCUACUCUUAGCCAACCCCAUUUCGCUUGCACCAGUGACGAAGUGAAAUGUGUGAUUUCGCAUGUAAAUCCUGCUUUAUUCACUGAGACUUGGCUAAGAGACUCUAUCAUCGAAAACCACCUCCACAUCUCAGGGUACCAUCUCACUGCAAGGAACCGUACUACAGGCCCUCACGAUGGAGUCGGCUUGUAUAUUAAAAACAACCCCAGGUUCAAGUCCCUGGAAUAUUUACAGGAUCCUGAUUUUGAAACAAUGUGGACGUGGCUUCAGCCGACCAGAUUACCGCGUGGAAUCACUUGUCGGAUUGCUGGCACUGUCAACGACUGA